AGAAAGAGUACGUACUCAAGGAGAAUGAGAGAAGGAGAGAGCGGGGGCGAGCGGUUGAGGGUGAAACACGGUGAGGAAGAUGGCCAUGCCAUGGGAAGAGAUAAGGGGGAGAGCGUGGGUGGGUGUGUAUCCGGUGUUAAGGAGGGUUCUUCUCGAGAGGGGUUAGAAAAGCCAUCCAAGGUCUCUUUUAGAGAUAAAGUCAUUGGUGCAGAAAAGUCUAAGGCCUUUGCAUUAGUGGGUGAUGGUAUCGCGCCGGUGACAGGUAAGCAGGGUGAUUCUCGUCCACCAAGUGUCAGUCUUACCAAGGAGGCAAAGAGCUGUCUAGCUGAACCUUAUAAGGAAGCCAUCGUGAUCAAGGUGCUAGAUAAACAUUAUGGCUACACGGCUCUCAUGCAUAAGCUUCGGAUAGUAUGGCGCAUCAAAGGAGGGUUUGAUUUGUUGGAUGUGGGGUUUGGAUAUUUUUUGGUUAAAUUUGAUAUUGCUGCGGAUCGUGAGAAAGUCAUUCUUGGUGGUCCGUGGUUGAUAGACAGUCACUAUGUUACAGUAAAGUCAUGGGAUGUGGAUUUUAGGCCAUGCGAAAAAUCCUUUGGAUCAACGCUGGUAUGGAUUCGAGUCUCGGGACUUCCAAUUUGGUGCUACCAGGAACAAGCAACGCUAAUUGCUUCUGCAAUAGGGAUUCCGGUGAAAGUAGAUUUGGCUACUAAGCUUGCAGAAAGAGGAAAAUAUGCCCGAGCUUGUGUUCAAAUUAAUCUUGAUUUGCCUGUAAUCAAACAUAUUAUAGUGGAGGGUGUGACUUAUGAAGUGGAGUACGAGAGUUUACAGUUGAUUUGUGCUACUUGUGAACGGUAUGGGCAUGAUAAAUCGUUGUGCAUGGAGAAGGAGUCCUUGGAAGGAAACGAAAAUUCCUUUGGUGAUGAAAAAAAUAAUGAAGCCCCGACAUUAGUGCCACACAACAAUCAUGAGAUUCAACAAGAGGCUGAAUCAGAACCUCGUGAUUUGGGUGAGAAUCCUCGUAAUUUGGGUGAGAAAUUAGGAGUUGUUAAAGGGAAGGAUGUAGUUACGGGAUCAUUGGCUCCUCACGUACCUGAUGGUCAUGUUAAUGAGGCAUGCAUGGAUGAUGGAGAGGGCUGGCAACAAGUGCUGCGUAAGGAAAAAUUCACAAUGGGCCAGUCAUCAGGUUUGAAGGACCAAGAUGGAAAGCAGCACAAGUUUGGUUCGAAAAGGGUUCCAAGGCCCAAUUUGCAUGGUGAUGGAGGCAAAUCAAUUGGCAUUAGGAUAGGGAAGCGAGAAAAACAUGAAAUUGCGCCAUCUCCAUCGCGCAGAACUCAUGCACGUCGUGGAAUCUCUCUACGGAAGCGUCCUCGGCCUUCCUCCUUGCAGAACUCGCCAGUUGAUAAAAAUGGUGGCACAAUGGAGGAAACCUUAGUAGAUGGAAGCAUGGCAGGUGCAGUGUCAGGAGGUCCAAAGGUGGCAAUUAUUGAGGAUCAGAGUGUGCCAGUACCGCAGGACAAACCACCUAUUGAGGGUGUUACUGUUGAGGUUCACUUUGAUAAUUUAAUUUGGAGGUGUAGUGGUAUUUAUGGCAGUCCUCAAUUUAAUAAAAGGGUUCUCCUUUGGAAUUAUCUUGUUGCACAAUCCAUGGUUUUUCAAGGACCUUGGAUUGUUCUUGGUGAUUUUAAUGAAGUCAAAUUUUCUCAUGAAUCUAAGGGCUGUCAAUUUUCUCAUCAAAGAGCCGACAUGUUUGCUACUUCAUUAGGGGAUAGUGGUUUGUUUGAUCUGAAGACUAUUGGGAGGCAGUUUUCUUGGUACAGGAGGGUGAAAAAUUAUGUUGAUGUGGCAAAAAAGCUUGAUCGAGUCUGUAUAAAUAGUAGUUGGUUAUCUAUCUUUCCAGAGGCUUAUGCAGAAGUUUUAAAUAGGCUUCAGUCUGAUCAUUGCCCUAUUCUGGUGCGUUGUAAAGGUCGUCCUCAGCCUAAAGGGAAUCGACCUUUCCGAUUUGUUGCUGCUUGGGCUACUCAUCCUGGAUAUAGGGAUAUUGUGAACCAGUCAUGGUGGUCUGGUAAUAGAGGAAUUCAUGGCAAGCUUUCAGAAGUACAGAAGAAUUCACUAGAGUUUAACUCGAAGGUAUUUGGUAACAUUUUUGUUAAGAAAUGUGAAUUAGAGCAGCAGAUUAAUUAUUUACAAAAGCGUUUGGAAGUGGUGGAUAGUAUUUAUUUGCGUCAGAAAGAGCAACAGUUGCUUGAUGAUUAUAAUAAUACUCUAGUGCAAGAAGAGCUCCUAUGGUUCUAAAAGUCCAGAGAGCAGUGGGUAAGGUUCGGGGAUAGGAAUACAAGAUUCUUUCAUAUUCAAACUCUUGCGCGAAGGAAGCAUAAUAAGAUUCAUGGCCUUUUUCUCAAGGAUGGAGUGUGGGAAACUGAUCCAGAAGUUCUGAGUCAAGAAGCAGCGUCUUUCUAUAAAAGCUUAUUCUGUCAUUUGGAUGAUGUUGAUUUGGGUUGCCUUGGUGAUGUGCCUCUUCCUUCUCUGAAUGAGGAAGCUUGCAAUAAUCUUACGGCACCAGUUACUAUGGAGGAAGUCAAAACAGCUGUUUUUCACAUGAACUCUUUUAAAGCUCCAGGUCCGGAUGGGUUUCAAGCUUUCUUCUUCAAAGAAUAUUGGGAGAUCAUUGGUCUUGAUGUUUGGAAGAUGGUUAAGCAGACAUUCUCUGGUGUUCCUCUUGAUCUGAUAAUGUUGGAGACUUUACUGGUUCUCAUUCCAAAGGUUGAAUUACCGGUAUCUAUGAAAGAUUUCAGGUCGAUUAGUCUCUGCAAUGUAGUUUACAAGAUCAUCACGAAGGUCAUUGUUAAUAGGCUUUGUCCUCAUCUUGCGGAGAUUGUUGGCCCGCUUCAAGGAGGAUUUAUUCCGGGACGAGGAACUCCUGACAACAUCAUUAUUGCUCAAGAAGUCCUCCACUUUAUGAAGAAGACUAAAUCAAAGAAAGGCACACUGGCCUUUAAGAUUGAUCUGGAGAAAGCUUAUGACAGAGUUGACUGGAGUCAUCAGGUUGAUUUGGACUUGUGGGAGGCGGUUGCUAUUUCUAGAGGGGGACCAAGAAUAUCCCACUUAAUGUUUACGGAUGACUUGCUUAUGUUCUGUAAAGCUACAAAGAGACAAGUGCAAAAUAUGAUGUUGGUUUUAGAGACUUUUUGCAAAGCAUCUGGGAUGAAGAUUAAUGUCGAGAAGUCUAAAGCGCUUUGCUCCAAGAAUGUCUUUGCAACAAGGAAAGAGGUUUUUACUGGGGUAUCCUCUAUCAGAUUUGUCCAGGACUUGGGCAAGUAUCUUGGAGUUAUCCUUAGCCAUUCUAGGGUGACUUGUUCAGCUUUCAAUGGUGUCCUAGAUAAGAUUCGGAGUAGGCUAGCAAGCUGGAAAGGAAGUUUACUCAAUCGGGCUGGUAGGCUCUGCUUGGUUAAUUCUGUUGCUGCUGCUAUUCCCACGUACCAGAUACAUGUCUCUAUUUUUCCCAAAGGAAUCAUUAGCAAAUUGGAGUCUAUGAUGAGGAAUUUUCUUUGGAAAGGACAAGUUGAUGGAAGAGGAUUGAAUCUUGUUAGUUGGAAGGUACUGGUUACUCCAAAAAAAUAUGGAGGUUUGGGGAUUAGAGAUCCUUAUUGUGUAAAUAUUGCUCUUCUUGGGAAGCUAGUUUGGACUUUUUUCCAGCAGCCAAACAAGCUAUGGGUCCAAUUGUUGGAUGCCAAAUACCGAUCAUCUCUAUAUGACUGUUUUAGUUACCCUAAGAACAAGGACUCUCCCAUUUGGAGGUGUCUUUGCAAGGCUUGGGAAGUGUUGAAGGAUGGGUUUGCUUGGUGUAUUGGAGAUUUGAACCAGAAUUUUUGGUUUUAUAGCUGGAGGAGAGAAGGACGGUUAUCUAAUGAGAUAGAUUAUGUUCACAUUUCUGAUUUGAAACUCCGGAUACAGGAUAUUUGGUCGAUGAACAAGCAGGUCCGGAAGUGGGUUGGUAUUGGAGUGGGUCUGCUGCCAAAGUCUAUGACUCACACAAUGGUUACUUGUGGUUGUGAGGCUCUUCCUACUGCAAGUUUUCGCUUUAGAAGAGGGAUGUCGUCAUCGGAUAGGUGUCCAAGAUGUCUUUCUAGCCAGGAAUCGGUUUUACAUUGUAUUCGGGAUUGUCCAAAAGCUCAGCUUGUCUGGCAUAGGUUGGAUAUUUCUUGUCAUCCUUUGGAUUUGAAGAACUGGUUCUUGUAUCAUAGCAGAGAGCAUCCGUUCAAGUUCUUUUCGGGACUUUGGUGGAUAUGGCGAGCAAGGAAUAAUGACAUCUUUAAUCCCCAUGAAACUUGGCCUCCGGAAAAAGUGAUUUGUCUGGCAUUAACUUCAGAAAAGGAGCUUAGGAAUAUUUUCGAAUUACAACGUAUGUCCAUUCCUUCUACUCUAAAUGGUUUUUGGAAUCCCCCAUCUAUUGGUACUUUUAAGAUUAAUUGUGAUGCUAGUUAUUUUGGUUCGGGUGAUAGUGUUGGUUUUGCUUGUGUUAUUAGAGAUUGUAAUGGGAGCUGGCAAAUGGGGUGUUUAGGAAUGAUUGAAAGUAAUAGUAUUCUUCAAGGGGAAUUGUUUGCUAUUUGGAGAGGAUAUCUCUUAACUUGGGAUGUGGGUCAACGAGAUGUUAUUUGUGAGACGGAUUGUGUGGAAGCAUUUAAUCUUGUUACUCAAGAUGGUUUUGGGUUUAUUGAUCCACUGGUACUCAAAAUAAGAGAUAUCAUGCAUUGGAAUUGGCGGGUUGACUUUCGUUUGAUUAUGAGAGAUGCAAACACGGUGACAGAUACUAUGGCAAAGAUGGCGAUGAAGUUACAACUUUCGCAUGUGGAGCUUCUUUCACCUUGGGAGGAGUUUAAGAGUAGUCUUGAACGGGACUGUCCCUUUAUUCAGGGAGGUCGGUAUCUCGGCUUUGGCUUUGAUGAUCGCGCUGAAGGUUCGUCUAUCCGUUUUGGUCUGACGCGACUCUUCUGUGUCCACUGCAUCCGUUGCGGCUAUUUGUGUCUUUCGCUGUCCCUUUUAAAAACCGUUUUGGUUUUCCUCUUUACUUCCUUCGUUCGUUUCAUUUCACUUUUCGCUCUCUCUUCUGAAGGAAACUAUUCUUCUUUUGUGUGGCAUUUUCGGUGUUGCUUUGAGGUGGAGCUUCUGUUUCUCAGCUUUUUCUCAGGCUUUUUCUGCGUUGUCAGGGUUAGUAGGCUGAUGGUGGUGCUCCUCCCUGUUUUAGGUAUGCACCGGCGGAGAAGUGAGGGUGUGGGUGCCCCGAUAGCCCCUUCUAGGGGCGUCCCCACUCGCUACACUUGGGUGAGUAGCGAUGUGUGGGGCGUUCCGUCACGGAUGACGGAGGAUGAUCUUCAAAGGCUCCGUGAUCAGGGGGCGAUUUGUGGUGGUGGUGAUGAGGAGAGGCAGUAUGAGCUCGUCCUCCCGGAUGCCGACGAGCGCGUUUGUUACUUGAACCUCCAUUCGCCCACUGUGCCGGACUGGAUGUGGGCUUACGAGUCGAUGUUCACUCGGCUCGGCGUGCGGCUUCCUUUUUCGCCGUUUGUUCAGGAGUUGCUGAGUCGGUGUUCCGUGGCCCCGUCUCAGCUUCACCCGAAUAGUUGGGCAGCCGUUCGAACUUUUGAGCUUGUGUGUCAAUAUCUUGAUCUUCCGGUUUCUGUUCCUGUCUUCCUUUUUCUUUUCUUAUGUACUCUUCCGUCUAAGGAGGGGAAGCAUAAGAAAGGGUAUAUGUUGUUCCGGGCUCAGCCUCAUCGCCGUAUUUUUGGUUUGUUUGAAGACUCUUUCCAUGGUUUUAAGAGAGAGUACUUUAAAGUGCGCCCCGCCCAGGGGCAUCAUCCAUUUUGGUUGUCGUUAGAGGGCGUGCGCCGGUUUCCGACCUAUUGGAAUUUCCGUGCCGGGCCGUCGGUUUUGACUAAGGUUACUUAUGAUGGUUUGUCUCCCGAGGAUAAGGACAUUGCCAGUGUCUUGUGGCAUUUGUUCGGCGAGCGCUCGUUAAAUCCUCGAGACGUCAUGGGGGACCCUGAGGCUUGUUGGACGUAUAUUGUUGAGAUAGCUGGUGAUUUGACUUCCCUGGCGCGGCUGAAGGCGGCGAUGGGUCGGGAGGAGGGAUCGUCGUCUCCUGCUACCCCUGUCUCUAAUCCCGUCGUGGACUCUCAGGCUGUUUCUUAG